AUGGAUUUCGAAAAGUUUUUCAAAAAGUACAAAACAAACUUUACAGAGGGAUUCAUUCAAGGUAUAGCUUAUGGUGUUGGUUUGGCAUUCACAUCGAUAAUAUGGCACAAAUAUGUUAGAAAGAUAGUAUUCACCUAUUUAAAUAUACCACUGACGCAAUCAGUUGCUUUAGAAGGAAUCAAGAAAGUUUCAUUUGCAUAG